AUGAAGCUUUUCCUGCUGACCGUCACCCUGCUCCCGCUCCUAAGAUCGAGUCGAGCCGCUGUGGAACGUGAAGGCGAUCGGAAACCGGAUUUCGAUGAGCUCCGACUGGAGGAGCAGGUCGGAGACGACGUCGAGCUCGAUCCGUACUCGCACGAGUCUCUGGUGAGGAUUGCCCGACAGAUGGGAGUUGUUGUGACGACCUCGCCAACAGUUCACACCGCGAAGGCGCUCCCCAAACCCCGCUUGGAGCCGAGAGAUUGGGAGAUCGCUUCUCAGACGACGACCAGAGAAUCCAAACAUCCCGUCAGUAAGGUCUCGGAACGCUUGGAGUUGGAUCCCGGAAAGUUGAACUUUGCGGCGGUGCCGUCGGAGGCGGCGGCGACGACGACAACACCUGUCAUCGAUAAGCGAAUCGGAGAACUCCUUCCCGAAGAUUACAGCUAUGAGGGAAAAAAAUAUUUGGAGCGUCUGCGUAUCUGGACUCGUUGCGGAGCCGAAUCGGGAAACUUCGCAACCAACGUGGCUCCGAAGAAAGGCGCACAAAGUGGUAAGCCAAAUCGAAAAACGCAUGUCGGCCAGAAAGGCAACGACAAACACCAGCACAAAACAAAAUUGGCGGCGACGCAUCCGACGACAUCGAUUCCGUUGAUUACGACGUCGACUACGUCGACGACAACGGCUCCGUCAACUUCCGCGCAAGAGUCGAACUCUUCACCUUCUGUUGUUGCGGGAAGUAGUUCGAUUGACAAACAUCAAAACUUCGAGUUAGCUGCCCUCAACCUCUACCAUCGUAAACGACAGCAGCAGCAACAACAGGAGCACUUACCCUUAGAAGUGGACGCUGACGAAGAUAUCGGACGAUUGCCACUUACCGGCGGGGAAACGAGCUCCGAACAACAUACGGAAAUUGCGCGCCACCUAAUAAAGGGCAUCAGCGGCUCUAAAGAUUCGAUAGUUCUCACAACAGCUCCGCCGAUAUCGAUCUCGGAAGAGGGAACGACCCACCAGAAGCGCCUCAAACCCCCGAAACGGAAGCCAGAAAGCGAGUCCCAGCAGAAAAAGUCCACUUCUCACGAAGACAAAUGGAACUCGGUCCUCUCGAAAAGAGCCAAGAAACCAUCGUAUCCCGUUGACGAGGACAAUGAGGACGACUUUGACGGGGCGUCAGAGAGCAUCGUCCGACCGGUCUCUCAACUCGUGCACCAUCGAGAAACGAAGCGGAAGCCGCCCAAAAAGAUGACCACCAGCAACUCAUCAAAGUCCUCUUCUCCUAGCAAACUAUCCUCGAGCCAUAAAGCUCCAGCGACCUCCACAGCAGCAUCGUCCCCGACCACCACGUCGACAACAACGACAACAACAACGGCCAAACCCUCAGCUGAAACCGUAUCCGACAGCCUCGAGGAUUUCGAUCUGGACUUACAACAAUCCAACGACGGAAGUUCACAGUCCACCACCGAAGUUCCGAUGACCCCUGCACCUUUUCUGGAGACAUCGACAGCCAGGUCUCAGAAGCGGAAGACGUCGCCGAAAAAAUCAUCAAACAGCCGACAAGUCCUCAAAAGCGGUUCAGUCACAAAGGAACCACCACAACUCAGUAAAAAUACUUCGUUUGUAGCGUCGGCGUCAUAUCAAAGACCGCAAAUUGUUCUGCCGCCGCCACCGCCGCCGCUCAAUCCGUUGGCGGCGCUCGGCAAUCUGAUCCCGCUAUUACAACUCCUGAACCACCGGCCAGCUCCGGCGUUUUACUCCGUGCCACCGACGAAAACGGUCGUUGUCAAUGAAGACACCGCGAAGAAGCCACCGGUCAAAGCGCAGCAGCCACCACAGAAACAGUAUCAGGUGCCCUACUAUCAAGUUCCGGCGCACUUUCAUCUAGUCAACACCGCACCCUUCUACGGUUACCAGAACCUGCCGAUACGCGGCAACAACACGCUAAUGUCAUCGACGGCAUUGUCGUCCACAUCGCCGUCGAAGCCCAAAGAGAAGCUCUCUGCGCAGCAGGUGAAAGUCCCGAGCGAUUCACAGAAGUCGAAGACGCAGAAAAAGAAGAAAAAGCCACCGGUACCGGCCGCACAACAGAAUCAAAAUAUUUUGGCCCAGACUCCGAAUAUAUCAAACACCAUCCGAUCCAUGAUGCAUUUCCUAAACAGCAACAAUCUCCUGCAAGCCGCUCAGCCCCCGAAGCGACCCCGAACUCCGAAGGCUCUCGACCCGGAUUCAGCAGAUCUUACGGAACCGGUCGUCGGGGGCGCGGCGCUAUCCGACGGAAGGCCGGAGCCGGAGCUUAUCGACGACGCAUUUUCGGGCUCAACAGGUUUCAAUCGAUCGUUCACGGAUUUCAAUAGCACCGAUGAUGCGAUUUCGGAUGAAGGAUAUCUCAUCGUGACACCGAUCCCCCCCACAGAAGUUCCGGUCGCGAUCGAUGAGGUGUCGAGUUCUCCCAUCCAUCCUGAUAUCGCAGCGAAGGACAGCGAUGAAGUGUCCGCAGUCUUGACCGUCGAGAAACCGAGCGACCGGAGACCUUCUUACGAUUUCUCCGCGGAAGACCGCGCGGAUAACCAGAACGAGCGCGAACGGGACGGCCGUAUAGGACGCCGCAUGGAUUUCGAGCCCAUCGGCUUCGACCUCGAUCCGAACUCAGUCGGCGACGACGAGGCUCUCGGAAGAGCUCUGGUCGGAGGAGGAGCCAAUUACAAGAUGCUCCUCGGACUGUUGACCGGAGCUUUCGGAAAACGUCGAGACGCCCGAAGCAACGUCAGGAGCGACGCCGGCGCUGAGCUAGAGAAGAAGCGCCAAAUCGCCAACAACCUGAUAAUGCAAUCGAUUCUCUACAAUCCGCCGCCCAUGUACAACCAUCGGCUGCCCAAUGCGGUGUGGCCUGUUCUCAACGGUUCGCCGACUUUCGCAAAACCUAUUCCCGCUCAUCGGAUUCCGCCACGGCCGCCGCGCCCGAGCGGACGACCCGCAUUCUACGGGAAGCAGUUUGUGGUGAGGCCGAGAGAACCGCGUUACUUCGUCAUAGACGGAUCCCGGGAAGACAUACCGCGCGGAGUGUUCGUCGACGAGCAGGGUCGGAGCAUUCGAGAUGAGGAUGAAUUUAUGGACGAAGUGUUCCCGUCGAUCCCCCUCGAUCGAGGAUUAGGCGAGGACGACGUCGACGCGAGUUCUGCCUCGUCACCUGAGCUCCGAACGCCGAUGCCGCCGACGCCGUCGCUCGUAGGACCCGCGGGGAAUCGAAUUUCUAAGCUUGACAGCAUGCCUACACCCACAAACGAAUCGGCAUCCCCUGCCACGCUCGUCCCGACGGUUUCACCGGUGUUAUCCGUGCCUAAGCGAUCCACCGAAUCUUCGUCGAUCGCGCCUGAACUCGGGAGCACUCUUCCGAGUAGUUCCUCCACUCCGAGCACUUCUACGAGGUCAGCGUAUCGUAUCGUGAUCCCUCUACCCUCCAGUACCAGCACAGUCCCGCCGCCAGUGAUACGAUUCAGUAACCGUAUCGGAGAUCGCACCGUGAGACGUUCGACUGAACCGCCCGCCACCGGACCCGCCGAAUGGGGGACGGGCCGCGACGGCGACCCUGAGCCUGAGCUCACCGCAGACUCGCCACGGUCGUUUUUUCGGCUAGCAGGUGAAGUGCGCAAGAAUUCCAGCGAUUCGCUAAUUCUGCGCAGGAUCAGCACUUCACCGAAGCAAGCCUUCCUGCACCGUAACGACCCUGGACCUCUCCAGCAGCGAUUCGCUGUUCUCGAAAAGGCCUUCCUCUGGAAUCAAUCGUCCCCGAGCGCUCCAGAAAGCCGGCGACAGAAGCGGAAUCGACGGAGCCUCGACCGUUUCCCCGACCCCGAUGACGACAACAAUAACAGUCUGGACAACGGAAAUGGAAGCGACAAUGCCCAUCCCGGAGAUGACAAUGUGUCUGCCGACGCUCACUCUUCGGUCUGGAACGUCUCGAGCCCUUCCACGUUUUCGGACGGAAGAAUAGCGCAUUGCUUCGCCCAAAACGCGACCUUCUCGCAGAAACUCAACUGUAACGAUCAACAGUUCUCCUGCGAUAUUUCGAGCGAAGAGGAUCUCGUCGACAACCUAUACGGCAACGAAGUGAACAAGGACGACGACGUCGACGAGGUGGUGCGGUGCUCGUGUGAGGACGAGUGCGUGCACUACGGCGAUUGUUGUUGGGAUAAGAUCAGUCAACUCCAAAAAGACUACGGUUCACUGAGCGCUAUUGAAUAUUCGCGCGACCGGCUGACCUGGCUCCAUUGUGUUCGAACCGAGUCGGGCUUGGCCUAUUUCAUGGUGGCUCAGUGUCCUUCCCCAGUCGACAAAGACGACGACGACGACGAACACUCGCGGCCCACCAGCCCUCUCGAUGAGCUCUGCUCGGCGUCGGAUUCCACCGCUGCGACCGACCCGUUGCUGAGAGUCGCAGUGACAUCUCGUAAAAGUCUGGUGACAUAUAAAAACAUUUUCUGCGCUCGAUGUCAUGACGACGCCGACGAUGUCCAGUUCUGGCGGGUCGAACUUCAGUGUCCGCGAGACGACCGGACGGAGCGGGCCGAUCGAGCGCUGGACUGUCCUUUCGUCACGAUGCCUCCGAAAAGUUUGUUCCCCUACGGUAACGGACUCAGGAUGCGGAGACAGUUCGCUCGCCGAUGUAAUCCAUAUGUUGAUUAUGCCGACUCGACCAAAUUGGAUUGCAAAGUCAUAAGCGCCAACGAAAGCUCCACCAUCGAGGCGCCCAAUGCCGACGUCGCAAACAAGUUGUCCAUAAUGUGCGACCUUAUCUAUUUGCCCACUCUGGAUCUGAACGCAUCCGGUUGCGACAAACUUUUUUACCGCAACAGGUUCUGCGCUCUCUGCGAGCGUCGUUUACCGGGUGACUUGUCGUGUCCUCUCGACGCAGAAAUACUUAAUGUCCCCGAUCGGAGCAUCGUCCCGGACCAGCACGAAGCCGACAGGUUUCCCCUGAUUGUCCCUUCGACCGGUGACGAUAACCCUUGUGAGGGUGACAAUCAGAUUUACGAUCCUUGGAAAUCCAUGUGUCGUAGUAUUCAUGUCCCCAGGUAUUCUGAAAGUCGGUGCUCGGAAGCUACCGCCUAUGCUUCGAAUUUGCCAGCGGCAUUCAAUUCCCUUGAAAGCAAAUUCCCCUUCAUCCAUAUCUCUCUCGCUUUCCUGCUCGCAACCCUUCUCCUAAGCUCCCUGAUCCCCGACCGAAGGAGGGAACUUUCAGUCAGAGCUCUAUCGAGCUGUCGGUACACGUACGUUGGGGAAAUCACAGUUUGUCUCGUAUCAGCUAUUUUAGGCGGUCAAUUCCUCUCUUACGUAUCUUUAUCGAGCCGCGGUUGUCCCGACGGAAUUCUCUGUUUUCUCAUCGGUUUUGGAUUCCACUUUUGCACUACGGCCAGCUUUGCCUGGAGUAAUGUUCUCCUCAGCGAAGUGCGAUACAGAUUGCAACACACCUCCGUGCUCAGUGGAAAAACCCCGAAAACAUUCGUCGGCUACCUUUUGUACACGUUAUUAUUCUCAAGCGUGAGCGCCGGUUGCACGCUGUUGGUGCUCCUAUGGCAAUCCAGCACGUUUUCUAUUCGCGGCUGCUCCGGAUGUGGAUCAUUGUGCUUUUUGCUUUCAUCGUCAUCGACGGGCUGGUACGCGUUCUUACCGGCGGUUUCCUACGCUGUGGUGGCGAAUUUCUGUAUAUUCUUGAGCAUCUUGCGCCUGUGGAGAAGUCAGAGCGAGGUGACCGUGCUCCGGAGCGUUGCCAGUCUGGAAUUCCGGAACGUGGUUUUCGCUGUGCUCUUGGCGAACCUUGUAGCUCCUACGAUUCUGUUGGGGCUGGUGGCGAACAAGCUCGAAAACCAACGAAUCUGGUUGGGAUUUCUUCUGUGUUACGCAUGUCAUGGACCUUUCGUUUUCCUCCUCGGUGGCACUUCCGCUCGAAUUUUUGAAUUCAUGAGAAGAUGCUCGAUACGCUCGAAGGAAACAUAUCGCGCUCAGAGCUGUCAGUAUCACUGA